AUGCGAAAGAGAAACGUGAGGGUCGAGGCCGACCCCAGUACACUCAAAUCUUCAGUAGCUGAGAGAGCUGGAGCAGCUAAACGCAGGAGGUUGGUGUUUUUUUAUUGGAUUUUUCAAAGUUUCCUAUACUUUCUGUUUUAAAAUUUUUAUUUUUUUCAUGACUUUUUCAGGAACUGGAAGUUUGGCCUGGAAUCUAAAGACAAGGGACGAAAAAAUGCCAAGAAAGAGGUUUUUUUCAGUUUCUUUCAGUGGAAAAAAAUUGUUCUUGUGCAUUUAAGAAUGCAUCAAAAGUUACACUUUUUUUAAAUUUGAAGGAAUUUUUUUCAUAAAGAGCUGGAGGAAUGAAUCAGAAACAUUAGAAACAAUUCUUUACUCAAUUUCUUGGUUUUUUUCUCUUCGUGAAAUCAAUCUAUCAUCUUUCCUUUAGAUCUUACGUUGUUCUGAGGCUUUAAUGGAGCACAUGAUUUUUUUUUAAAGAAGAAAAGGAGCUAAAGAAUAAUAUGCAACACUCCGGAGGUUUGGAGAUCUUCCCUGAAAGUUCUAGAAUAUUCUGGAAACGUUUGGAACUUUUUUAGAAAGAUCCGCGGUUUUUUUUUCGAUUGGAAGUUGUACAUUUGAUCCCUAUGACAUAAUACAAGCGUGGAAGUCUAGAAAAUGAUAGAAUAUUCCAUAAAAAAGCUCAGCUUGAUACUACCACAGAAUAGAAAAGAAAAACCCAGGAGGAAGAAGAGAAACCGGUGCCAGUGCGCAACGGAGGCCCAUCCACGUCGGACUACAACUUUGACGACGGCUCCUGUAAUGUCAACUUGAAAAGAAUGGCUGAUGUUGUGGUUUGCUCCCUUUGCGAGGUGAUUUUGGCCGCUUUUUUAGAAACAUUUUCGACUUUUAAGGGAUACCUAGUCGAUGCGACGACCGUCAUCGAUUGCCUCCACUCUUUCUGCAAAAGUUGUCUUCUCAAGUACUUUGAUGUUGGUUUUUCCCUACCUUCUUUCUUUUUUCGACGAUUUUCGAAUCAAAUUUGAGUUUUCAACAGCUCCAAGGGUCUAGAACGCCAAUAAAAUUGAAAAAUAAUCGUUUUUAACUUUUCAUUUUGAAUUUUUUUAAAAGUAAAUUAAUGUUCUUUUGGUAAUUUCAGGACCAUUGUUUGAAGAUAAUUUCGAACUUUUACUCCGUUGUUCUUUGUCAAAACGGCAUCCUUUGGUGAAAAAAGAAACUGGUGAGAAGAGUUGAGAAGAAUAAGGUAUAAUUGACUCAAAAUUAAUAGGUUUUUUUAACUGAAAAAAAUGAGUAUCUUCUUUUUCCUUUUCUGUCGUUUACAAAAAAAAUUUAUCCGGUAGAAGUCUAAGAACUAGGCUUUAUAGCUGAUUCACGGCUGGCUUGAGUCAUUGAAAAAAGGGUCCUGGCGCGAUAAUGCACGAGAUAGCGCCUGGCGCGUGGAGAGCGCAGACAGGGCAUGAUCCCUUGGCGUCCCAAGCUGACCGUGGAUACAAAUCUUUCGAAAGUAGCAAACAUUUAGUAGAAUAUGGACAGAAAAUGACGUGAAUUAUAUUGAUCAGGACGACGAGACGACGUGUCCGACGUGUGGAAUCCUAAUCCACCAAUCUCAUCCCGCUCAAUAUGUUUCCUUUGACCGAACAAUGCAGGACGUCAUUCACAAGAUUGUCCCCGGUAUUUGUAUCCUUCUGACCAUUUUCAGCUAUUUUCUUGAGGUCUCAUGCUUGAUGAGCAGAAAAAUCGGCAGGCCUACUUGCAUUCGCAGAGGAAAGCCGCUGGUAGGAAUGUCGAAGAGGAGGAGAAGAAGAAGGCGAAAAUUCAGGAGGUUUGCCUUUUUUCGAUUCAUAUCCAUUGUUUGAGUGUUGAAGGCGUUAUAAAAUUUUCAGCGCUUUUAAUUUUGCAAAAUUCACAAUUUUUCAGGAAGAGCGCGUCCGUGGAACGAAUAGAUGCUAUCAAGGCAACCCGACGAUAUCCCACCAUCGCUGUGAUGACCAGGUUAUUUUAUUUAAAUGGUAACUGAUAUUUUCGUCUUGAUAACCUUGUUAUACAGCUCAGUUUUUCAAGAUUUGCCCUUUUUCCCGAGCUACAGAACCCCUCAGAAAGAAUCCACUCGAUGCGCGCGGCUUUUCUUUGCACAUGCACCUUUAAAGUCUUGAUAAACUUGUUAUUUAGCUCAGCAUCUCACGGUUUUUGCUUUUCUCCGAGCUACAGAAUCCUUCCGGAAAGAUUCCCUUCGAUGUGCGCGGCUUGUCUUUGUGCAUGCGCCUUUAAUAUAAGGAAAACUUCAUGGUUAACUCAGACCUUGGUAAAAACCGGAUGCGCCCCGAACGUUAUUGAGCAUUUCUAGGGGUCUCUUAAGCAGCGUUAAAUCUCCUAAGUGAUCACUUGAAAUUCUCAGAAGCGUCCGGCGUUACCGAUGUCCAUGAAAUGCGCAGAGACAGGAAUAAAAGAAAAAUUGAUCCGGAAUGGACAAUAUAAAAAAAAUUCAAAUAAUCUCAUUGCCCUUUUUGAGGAAAAAAGUCUUAAGCGUUUUCCCUCUCUAAUGACUCAAUUUUGAAGGUGGUCGUGCAGUUGAAAUCUUCCGAAAACGAACUUCCACUCCCUUCAAGACCUGUCAUCCGUUGCAGCGAAAUGACCACCAUCAACACUUUGAAACGGUAAUUUCGCUUAAAAUAAUGAAGUUAUGCGCAACCGAAUUUGUGGUGCAAAAGCCUUUCUUGUUCAAAGAAAAACUUGAAAAACCUCUUCGUCGUGAGACCUUUUUUAAUUUUGGUCUUGAAAGCUUUUAAGGAAAAACCGUUACUUUUUUCACCGUUUUCCUAGCCUCUUUUUACCUUUUUCGGCGAUUUUCAUUCUUCAUUCUAGUGGCCACGGUGAUAAAAAUCGUACGAAAAAAAUCUCCUAGCUUCAUUGUUUUUUUGCAUCUUUUUUUAUAAUGAUUUUUCAAAAUAAUAAAAUCAUUGCUUUAAAAGCUACCUCGCCCUGUCGCUCUGGGAAGAUAUUUCACGCUACAACGAGCUCGACAUUUUCUACAACGGCGAACUGAUGGGCAAAGAUUUCUCCUUACGGUUCAUCUGGCUCACUCGAAAGCGAAAUUGUCCUCGACAUGAGCCCCUCGAUCUCCACUACGCCUAUCAUAAUGAAUAUUAA